ACCAAGCAUGGCGAAAGGAAAAUCUGGAGGUGGUAAGCUUAGUGCUGUUAAACGAAAUAACAUCAAACAAACAAAAGUAAAUAAACAGAAGAAAGGCAAAGUAAAGUGUGAUGGAUCCACUCUACCAAAGUCGCCAUCAACUCCAUCAGGAAAGAAACAAAAAUAUGAUAAAUAUGCAAGGAAUGAUAUAGGUUUCUAUGGCAACAGUGAUGAAGAUGAUGUAAAAGGAGACCAUUUGUUAGAGGAUGAAGAUUUGGAAUUCUUUGAAAGUGUUGAUACUGAUUUAAGUUUUCUCUCAAACAUUGAUACAAGCGAGUCUCCUGCAAGUCGCAGAUCUCAAAAGAGAAAGUUUCAAGAUGACUCGGAUGUGGAAGAAGAAUUUGAACAAAUUCCACGGACAAGUUUUACCAAUGACUCAUCAAAGAAGUUUAAAGCUCUUUUACCAAUCAAACACAAGAAAGGUAUUGAACUGCAGUGGGGUGAAAGGGACAUACAACAUGAGGAGGUUGAAGUUGAGGGAAAUAACAAUGAAGAAAAAGUUGUGGAGACGGUUGAACCAUUAACACCCGUCAGCACAGUAGAAUUAUUUGCGAGACGUCAACAGAAGAUUCUUGAGAGGAAGCAACAAAUUGCAUCGUUAGCAAGUAUGAUUGUAGAGGAUCCUGAAAAUUCAACGAAGCAACUGAAAGAUUUGAGAAUUUUGUUGGAUGAGAGCGACCCUGAUGUGGUGGUGACGGUUAGAAAAUUAGUAAUGGUGUCACUUGUAGAAGUGUUCCAAGACAUUGUACCAAGCUAUAGAAUUAGAGAAUUAUCUGAAACAGAACAAAACAAACAGGUCAGUAAAGAUGUGAAACGAGUUCGAGAUUUUGAGCAGAAUUUAUUGAAAAACUACAGACUGUAUUUGGAGAAACUAGAAAGAGCUUUAAGAGGCUAUAAGAAAAGAGAAAGAUCUAAAAAGAAAGGUCAGGGCAAUGAGUCUCUACCACCGAAAGCUCUCCAAGGCUUAAAAGAGGUUGCAGCCAGAUGUAUGUGUACUUUGAUGACGACGCUGACUCAUUUCAACUAUCGUAGCAAUAUAAUAUCUGUUAUUGUGCCAUAUACACUUGAUAAAAACCAGCUGGUUUCAGACUUGUGUUGUUCUUCGGUAAGACAGUUGUUCAAAGAGGACCCCUUAGGUGAGGCAUCAUUGGAUGCAGUGAAGGUAAUCACACGAAUUGUCAAAGCAAAGAAUUGUAACGUAAAGUCUAAGGUGCUUGAUACAUUUCUUUCCUUGAAAAUCAAAGAUGUUGAUCUCAACGUGGAUGCAGGUGAGGAUAAAAAGAGUAAACUAAUGGCAAAGAAAGAAAAGAUAAAGAAGAUGUCACGACAGGAAAGACGGAGAUCUAAGAGAGCUGAUAAACUAGAGAAGGAAUUAUUAGAAACUGCUGCCUCAGAAAACAAGAAAAGAAAACAGUACCUGCAAACUGAAAUUAUCAAGAUGGUAUUUGCUAUUUACUUUCGAAUUUUGAAGAGAGCCGAGACAUCAUCUCUUUUACCAUCAGUCUUAGAAGGAUUGGCAAAGUUUGCACAUCUCAUUAAUGUUGAGUUCUUUGAUGAUUUAGUUAAAGUCUUGCAUGAACUCAUCCAGUCUGGGGACCUAAGUAGAAGAGAGUCGCUGCAUUGUAUUUUAACAGCAUUCCAUAUUCUCUCUGGACAAGGCCAGGUUUUAAACAUUGAUCCAUUAAAGUUUUAUUCUCAUCUAUAUAAGAUGCUUUUUGAACUCCAUCUAGGCAUGACAACAAAGGACGUCCCCAUUGCACUAAAAUGUCUUGAUGUCAUGAUUAACAAGCGAAGAAAACAAGUCACUCUUCAGCGAGUUCUUGCAUUUACCAAGAGAUUGUGUGUUUUAGCGUUACACGUCUUUCCCAAUGCUGCACUGGGUUUAUUGGCCGCUGUUAGGUCAUUUUUACAGAUGCAUACUAAAUGUGAUGUUUUACUCGACAACGAUUCAACUGGUAGUGGUGUGUAUUUAGCCGAACUACAAGAACCUGAACACUGUAACGCACACAACACGACAUUGUGGGAGCUAUAUCUUCUGAAAAGACAUUAUCAUCCUUAUGUUCAGAAAUACAGUAGCCAUCUUUGUAAAGGAGCCCCGAUACAGGGAAUCGGAUCUCUCAGCCCGGAGCUUGUCAGAAAAUCACCUUCAGUUUUAUAUGAAAUCUAUGAUCCCCUACAAAUGGCCUUUAAUCCUCCUAUCCAACCACCAGUAAAACAACAAAGAAAAAAGUUUUCUGCACCAGAACGACCAUUUCUUCAAAGAACAAUACAAGCAGAAAUUGACAAAGCCAUUGUUGGAAUGCCAGAAGAGAAAUUAGCAAAGAUGGAUUUCUCUGCAUGUCUACCGUAUAUGAAAACAUUGAACAAAAAACAAACAAUUGAAAGAGUAAAGAGAAUAAAAAGCAAAAAGACAAAAGUCUUGCCCAAAAAACCAUCAAAAAUAAUCAAAACCAGAAGGAAAAAACAAAAAGUGUAAUGUAUUUUAAAAAACAGAAUUAAAUAUUGUUUUAAAAA